UUCAAUCAGUCAGGGCUGGGAAGGUGCUGAGAAGUGCCUGGGGCAGAAUCUCUGCCAGCCCUUGGCACAGGAACCUCUGGCUGCAGGACAAUGCAGCUGCAGCUCCUGGAGCCAUCUCCUAAACCUGGGACAUCCCAAUGCCUACAGACUCUGGCCCCAUGUCCAGAGGCAGCAAAUGUCCAACAGCAGCUCCAUCAGGCACUUCCUCCUGCUGGCACUGGCAGACACGCGGCAGCUGCAGCUCCUGCACUUCUGCCUCUUGCUGGGCAUCUCCCUGGCUGCCCUCCUGGGCAACGGCCUCAUCAUCAGUGCCGUAGCCUGCGGCCACCACCUGCACACGCCCAUGUUCUUCUUCCUGCUCAACCUGGCCCUCACUGACCUGGGCUCCAUCUGCACCACUGUCCCCAAAGCCAUGCACAAUUCCCUCUGGGACACCAGGAACAUCUCCUACACAGGGUGUGUUGCACAGGUUUUUCUGCUUAUCUUCUUUCUUGGAUCAGAGUUUUCCCUCCUGACCAUCAUGUGCUACGACCGCUACAUGUCCAUCUGCAAACCCCUGCACUACGGGACCCUCCUGGGCAGCAGAGCUUGUGCCCACAUGGCAGCAGCUGCCUGGGCCAGUGGCUUUCUCAAUGCUCUGCUGCACACGGCCAAUACAUUUUCCCUGCCCCUGUGCUAUGGUAAUGCCCUGAGCCAGUUCUUCUGUGAAAUCCCACAGAUCCUCCAGCUCUCCUGCUCAAAUUCCCGCCUCAGGGAACUUGGACUUAGUGUGUUCUCCAUAUGUUUAGCUUUUGGUUGUUUUGUAUUCAUUGUUUUCUCCUAUGUGCAGAUCUUCAGGGCUGUGCUGAGGAUCCCCUCUGAGCAGGGACGGCACAAAGCCUUUUCCACCUGCCUCCCUCACCUGGCUGUGGUCUCCCUGUUCCUUAGCACUGCAAUGUUUGCUUACCUGAAGCCCUCCUCCAUCUCCUCCCCAUCCCUGGAUCUGGCCCUGUCACUUCUGUACUCAGUGGUGCCUCCAGCCCUGAACCCCCUCAUCUACAGCCUGAGGAACCAGGAGCUCAAGGCUGCAGUGUGGAGACUGAUGACUGGAUGCUUUCAGGAACAUUAAACUGCUGGCCAA